GGGUGGCCCGAAUAUGGCGCUGCCUGGUAAUGUGCCGGCAACGCCCUAUGGGGUGGUUCAAUGCUACAUCUGUGGUAAGCUCGGCCAUUAUGCUAGGAACUGCUGGCAAUCUCCCAACAGGCCGAAGCCUGAGGAGGAAAAUACUGAGAUGAGGGAACUGUUACAGAGGAUUGCGAGGAGGAAAAGAGGAAACGGGAGGUAGAGGAAUCUAAGAAGAGGGAGGAGGAGGAGAGGAGAGAGGGCGAUAAGCUACAAGAGGAGGAGGCGAGAGAGGCGCGACUGGAGGCGACGAUCGUAUGUAUUCUCAACCAGAGGAGAGAAUCUGUUAUGAUUGCUCCACCUCCUACGGCCAUUACUGAAUCGAAGAAGAGAUCUUCGCGGUCGAAGGCACGAAUGCUGAGGGAGAUUAGGAGUUAUAUUGCCGAAUUUGAGGAUGAUAGCGAAGAAGUAAAGGAGGAGGCGGAGAAGUUGAUUGACGCUCUUGAGAAAAGGAAGAAAGUUUGCAAGAAGGAGACCGCUGCCACACCAAGAACAAUGGUAGGACGAGUCAUGAAGAGGAAUCCUACUCCCAAGAAUACGAAGGCUCAAGUGCAGGAGGAACCGGUGGAUGAGGACGAGUUUCAGACUCCUAGGAAGGUGUGUCCGGCGGCUGGAUCGGGUGAGGGCAUGAUUGAGUAUGCUCUCACUCAAUCGAGGGCUCUUAGUGCUCUGAAGGCGGCUGAGGUGAGGAAGAUCUGCGAUCAGGAGGGCGUGGUUUAUGUGGUGAAGGAUCAAGCCGUCGCUGAUAUUGUCCGCUGCCUUAGGGAUCUCGCCGUAAAGAUCAUCUCUCUUUCAGUAAAGGACGAGGCUGUACGCUCUCUGGUUAUUGAAAGGUUUAGGCUGGUCCGUCUGAAAGGUAGGGCGGUCGGGAGCAUUAUUCACAAUUACCGGGAGGUGCUCACGCAGAGGCGGGAUCAGUGUACUUGCUCACCUUUUCAUCUUGAGAGGCACCAGGGGCACGUGCGCGUACGAUUGGAUGAUGUGCCAGGUGUCCACCGCUUCGUUCAGAAUUCCAGGAAUGUCACGGCUGGACGAACACUGACCGGCUACCAGUUGAUGGAGUGGGUAGUGAAGUCGAUUCCGAAGGCCUGGAGGAAGCAAGUGCUCAGCAUUACUCAGGAGGAGAUCUCAUGUUGCUUUGCCCCCGCUGAGCCGAGAGUGUCCGCACUCACUGAACUAGAAGUCGUAUGGGAAAUACAACAUCUGGAGGGACUAGUCCUGGUGCCACUGGAUAGGAACCCGGGUGCUACGCUGGUCAUUUGUCCAGUCCUAUAUUUUCAUGCUUUUCGGAUGGCCUUUUGCUGGAAUCCGGGUUUUCUGCGGAUGAAGGAACGUGAAGACCAGAUCUUGUCCGUUGCGAGAGACGCGUAUAAGAAUGCUGGUCUGCAGGUGACGGGCACAUGGAGGACGUGUGGAAAACUGGGACGUGCUUACGUCAUUCCAAAGGACAAGGAUCACGCACGUUGGCGGUCGAUAUCACCAUCGUGGUCUGAGCCGUCUCGAACAACGGAUGCAAGGCUGGUGAAGGCGUUGAGAUACAUGCUCUUGUGUCUGCCCGCCUGUUCCCACUUCGGUCUGAGGGCAACGGAUUUCAUGAAGCAGGCUAUGACUAAAGCCGUGACGAAACUUGAAAAAGCGGGCGACACCGUGAUCGGGAGGAGCUUUGAUAUCAAGGAUAUGUUUGCAAAGCUCCCCCACGAUGACAUUAUCACCUCGGUGGUAUGGCUGGUACACAAGAUGAUGGGACGGGGUCUCGUAGCUGUAAAAGUGUUCGGUAUUCCGAUGGGAAAGCAUUUGUCUCCAUCCAUUGCUAACUUGUUGUGUGCGAAGGCUGAGUUUGACUUCCUGUCGUUGCUUGGGAAUGAUCGUCGAAUGAUUUCGGGUGUUCGAAUGGUUGAUGAUGUGUCGGUUCUCGUAGUAUUUGAUAGCUUGGACAGAUGUAGCUAUAAGAGGGUGGCUGAUAUUGUUGAGUCGUUUGAACGCUGUUAUCCCAGCUCGUUGAAGCUGGUUCGGAAAGAUGGUGGCUUCAAUGCCUGGGAUUUCUUAGGGAGUAGAGUGGUGAUGGAGCCUUGCCCACCAGUGGUACAUAUUUUUCCUAAGACUAAGAAUCAAUAGACAAUUUUGACGCAGGGUAACUUACACUUUCACUCUAUGCAGGAUUACCAAUCAUACUCCGCGAAGAAAGUAAAGCGGGCGACGUUAA